AUGCCUUACAUCGCAAUGGUCGCAUAUCCCGAUAUCCCGGGCACCAAUUUCAACGAAAAAUACUACGUCGAAAAUCAUUUGCCAAUGGUAUUUCAACACUGGGCACAGUACGGCUUGCUGCACUGGCAAGUCGUCAGCUUCGACAAAAGCUCCGAUGGGUCAAGAACCUACAUUGCUGCAGCUUCCAUGACCUGGGAUUCAGCGGAGAGCUUUAACAAAGCGACGACGAGUGACAGCAUGACCAUGAUGGUUGAUGAUCUCAAGAACUUCAGCAAUAUCCAGCCGAUUUUCUUGAAUGGGACGGUUAUUGGGUUUGGAUGA